AUGCCGUCCAUACUGCUGCUCCUCGCUCUGGGCCUGCUGGCGCUGGCCCGGCAGUGUGUUGGGCAGUUCAACCAGGUUGCAUUCAAUCAACUGCUAGGCAGCGCCUGCCAAAGCUGCACGACCGGCCCAUGCAAUCCGCCCGACUGCGACUGGCUCCCAAACUACAUGGGCUUUCCAUAUUCGCCCACAAAGAUGGCUGCGAAUGUGUCGCAUGUCAUCCGGAUCGGCCUCUUGAUGCCAUACUCGCUCUACUACGACACUACACUGAUGGCCACCAACUAUCCAUAUUGGGACACAACCCAGUCGGAGGCCUUGGCCGACUACGCCGUCGCAAAUGCCGCUGCAGCAUACGUCAACCAAAACGACUCUGUGCUGCCGGGCAUCGACCUGUUCGCCGAAUCGCUGAGUCAUGAGUUGGCUCUGAUGCAGUUGCUAUCGCCAUAUUCCGUCGUCUCGCAGGCGAGGGGUGCUCUGGAUCGUUGA